AUGGUCUACAUUGAAGUCUUCGGCCAGCAUUCGAGUUGUCAAGCUUUUGUCCUCUUCCACACAUGCCAAAAGUGCCUGGUCAUCGAAAUCCAAUGGUUGACCUCUUCCUUGCUUAUCUUCCAAGCUAGUGUCACUAGAUUUGAAAUGAGCAAACCAUUCCCUGCAUCAAUGUUCACUGAGUGUUCCUUCACCAAAAACACAAAGUGCUGUUUUUUUUUUUUUUUUUUUUUUUUUCAUACUCUUCCACCCCACCUUUUUCUAUUUUUCCUUUCUUUCUCUCCCUCUCUUGUCUACACUAUCCUCAUCCCUUGUCUACUUUCCACUUUUUUCCUUUCCCUCCUGUUUAUUUUCCCUCGCCCCCCGUUUCCACUCGCCCUCCCCUGUUUACUUCUCUUCCACCCCCUCCCCCGUUUACUUUCCAUUCGCCCCUCCCCUGUUUACUUUCCACUCGCCCCCUCCCCGUUUACUUUCCACUCGCCCCUCCCUGUUUACUUUCCACUCGCCCCUCCCCGUUUACUUUCCACUCGCCCCUCCCCUGUUUACUUUUCGCCCCCUCCCCAUUUUCCACCCCCUCCCAUCUGCUGCUUCCCCCUCUCUCCUAUCUACUUUAAUCUUUUCCCCUCUCCUGUUUUCCCCCCCUACAAUCUAAUUUCUUUCCACCCCCCACUCCAAUCCUUGUUUACUUUUCUCUACUCCCUGUCUCUCACUCCCCUAUCCAUUCCCUCUUCAUCUCAACUUCUCACCUCCUUUCCCUCCACCCCCAAUACCAUGAUUUUGUUUUUUUUUCUUUUCUGUUUUUUUUCUUUUCUGUUUUUUUUUCUUUUCUGUUUUUUCUUCUUUUCUGUUUUUCUUUUCUUUUCUGUUUUUUUUUCUUUUCUGUUUUUCUUUUCUUUUCUGUUUUUCUUUUCUUUUCUGUUUUUCUUUUCUUUUCUGUUUUUCUUUUCUUUUCUGUUUUUUUUCUUCUUUUCUGUUUUUUUUUUCUUUUCUAAUUUGGGUGUGGGACAAGAUUACAAAUUCUCACUGAAUUUGAAGAAUUUUCUCUUUUCUGUCCCUGUUGCCUUUCUCUCCCUCCCACCUCUCCUCCGCCUUUCUCUCCCUCCCACCUCUCUGUCACAGUUACAGAAGAUAAAUUAA